ACUGUCAUUUUGUUAUGGGACGAAACUACUCGGCCUACGAAGAGUCUGAUUGUUUUGCUGGAACCUCGGACGAUAUUGCUACUAAUCAUACAAACCCAAGUUUAGAUAGUGAAGAGACAAUCUAUUUCGGAUGAGCUUUCUGUUACAAACGAAAGGUCAAGUAAAACGAUCGUGAUACACGCAUAUCGUGACUCACUCAAAUCGCGACAUGGCGCAAUUUAAUCUUUGUUUCCGGGUAGCUUUUCUCGCUGUACUUCUUCCACUGACUUCAGGGGCUUGUGUUGAUAUUUACCUUGGAAUGGAAAGUGGAACAAUUCCAGAUAGUGAUAUAACUGCUUCUUCAGUACAAAGUGCCAACACACCAGCCAAGAAUGGUCGACUAAACUACACAUCAGGAUCAUCAUGGUGUGCAGGAACAGGUGACACUAACCCAUAUCUACAGAUUGAUCUAAAGACACUUCAUAUCAUCUGUGCUGUGUCUACUCAAGGUAAUUCUAAAGCAGAUCAGUGGGUGAAGACCUACAAACUACAAUUAUCCACUGAUGGGACAACUUGGACAAACUAUACCGAGUUAGGUGGGCAGGCUAAGGUGUUAGAGGGAAAUAAGGAUAGAAACUCAAAUGUCAAACAUGUUGUAUAUGGAGUGUUAACAAGAUAUUUGCGAUUCCUGCCACAAACACACCAGGGUGAGGUGUGUAUGAGAACAGAGGUGUUUGGGGUGAAACAGACACCAACAUGUGAUUCACAGGCAAUUGGUUUGGCUAGUGGUGGUAGAAUUCCAGAUGACAGCUUCUCAGCCAGUUCAAUAUUUAAAGCCACAUAUGCAGCUAAAUAUGGUCGUCUUAAUGGAAGAGGGGCAUGGGAACCUAAGACUACUACUGAUCCUAAUGACUACCUACAAAUUGACCUUCUCUAUGAGUAUGUUAUCUGUGCUGUUGCUACUCAAGGAAAUCCACCAUCCCAAUCACAAGCUCAAGAAUGGACCACAGAGUACAAACUGAGGUUUUCUUUGAAUGGUACCACCUUUCUCCCUUAUAAAGAAAACAAAAUUGACAAGGCCUUUCCAGGAAAUACAGGAAAAACUGACACAGUGAAAAACAGUUUAAAGGAAUUUGCAAGUGCAAAGUUUAUUCGUUUUCUGCCAACAAAGUAUAAUAAGUUCAAGGUUUUGAGAGUGGAGGCUUAUGGAAUACUUUUCACUAAAGUUCCAUCACAACCUCCUACUGCCUUCAAGUUAACUGCAAGUUCUUCUACCAGCAUCACAGCUUCCUGGCAGUUACCACCAGUCUUUGCCAGACAUGGAAGAAACAUUACAGGUUUUAAACUGUUCUACAAAAAGAAAGGUUGUGGUGGGUCAGCAACAACAUUGACAAUUAGCAGUGGAUCAAUAUUAAGUAGAAAUGUCACUGGGCUUGAUAAGUUGACAGAAUAUGAAUUUCAAGUGUUGGCUUUCACUUCUGAUGGUGAUGGACCAAAGAGCCCUGUUGAGGUUAAGAGAACAAAGGGAGCUGGUUGUGUUGAGUCUUAUCUUGGAAUGGAAAAUGGAGCAAUUCCUGACAAUAAAUUAACUGCUUCUACUGAACAAAGUGCCAACACACCAGCCAAGAAUGGUCGAAUGAACUACAUAUCAGGAUCAUCAUGGUGUGCAAGAGCAAGUGACACCAACCCAUAUCUACAGAUUGAUCUACAAACACUUCAUAUCAUCUGUGCUGUGUCCACUCAAGGGAAUUCUCAAGCAGAUCAGUGGGUGAAGACCUACACUCUACAAUUAUCCACAGAUGGGAUAACUUGGACACUCUAUAAGGAAUUAGGUGGACAGGUUAAGGUUUUGGAGGGAAAUAAGGAUAGAAACUCAAAUGUCAAACAUGUUCUAUAUGGAGUGUUAACAAGAUAUUUGCGAUUCCUGCCACAAACACACCAGGGUGAGGUGUGUAUGAGAACAGAGGUUUUUGGGGUGCAACAGAAGCCAACAUGUGAUUCACAGGCAAUUGGUUUGGCCAGCAGUGGUAGAAUUCCAGAUGACAGCUUCUCAGCCAGUUCAAUAUUUCAUCCCAGAUAUGCAGCUAAAUAUGGUCGUCUUAAUGGAAAAAUGGCAUGGGAACCUAAGACUAAUGGUCAUGAUGACUACCUACAAAUUGACCUUCUCUAUGAGUAUAUUAUCUGUGCUGUAGCUACUCAAGGAAGUCCACCAUCCCAAUCGCAAGCUCAAGAAUGGACCACAGAGUACAAACUAAGAUUUUCUUUGAAUGGUACCACUUUUUCCCCUUACAAAGAAAAUAAAAUUGACAAGGCGUUCCUAGGAAAUUCAGGAAAAACAGAUACAGUGAAAAACAGUCUAAAGGAAUUUGCAAGUGCAAAGUUUAUACGCUUUCUGCCAACAAAGUAUAAUAAGUUCAAGGCUCUGAGAGUGGAGGCUUAUGGAAUACUUUUGGCUAAAGUUCCAUCACAGCCUCCUACUGCCUUCAAGCUGACUGCAACAUCUUCCAUCAGCAUUGCAGCUUCCUGGCAGUUACCACCAGUCUAUACCAGACAUGCAACCAUUAAAGGGUUUAAAUUGUUUUACACAAAGAAAGUUUCGGGUUUGUCAGUAACAAUCUUGACUAUAAGCGGGGAAUCAACAUUGAGUAAAAAUGUCACAGGGCUUGAUAAGUACACAGAAUAUGAAUUUCAAGUCCUGGCUUUUACUUCUGAUGGUGAUGGACCAAAGAGUUCUGUUGAGGUGGAAAGGACAAUGGAAGAUGUUCCUUCACAACCUCCAUCUAACUUCAUGGUCAAUGCAACCUCUUCCACCAGUGUUGGAGCAUCCUGGCAGUUACCAGCAGAAAAUUCUAGAAAUGGAAUAAUCAAAGGAUUUAAAUUGUUUUACAAAAAGAAAAGCUCUUCAGUGCCAGGAACCGUCCUUUUAAUCAAUAGUGAAUCAAUGUUAAACAGAAAUGUCACUGGUCUUGAUAAGUACACAGAAUAUGAAUUUCAAGUGUUGGCCUUUACUUCUACUGGUGAUGGACCAAAGAGCUCUGUGGUUGUUAAGAGAACAAAAGAGGAUGUUCCUUCAAAGCCUCCGAGUGGCUUUAAUCUGACUGCAUCCUCUUCUACUAGUAUUACAGCAUCUUGGCAGUUACCGCUAGAAAAUUCCAGAAAUGGAAUAAUCAAAGGAUUUAAAUUGUUUUAUCAAAAGAAAGGCUCUGCUGGGUCAGAAUUGAUGCGGCAUAUAACAGAUCAGGCAAAGCGCCUUGAAGAAGUCAGUAGCCUUGACAAGUUCACAGAAUAUGAAUUUGAAAUACUGGCUUUCACUUCUGUUGGUGAUGGACCAAAGAGUUCCAUUUUAACUGAAAGAACAAAAGAAGAUGCUCCCUCACAACCUCCCUCUCAGUUCUCUGUAUUUGUGAACUCUUCAACCAGCAUCACAGCUUCAUGGCAGUUACCACCAGUAGGCUCCAGGCAUGGAAUCGUCAAAGGAUAUAAAAUAUUCUAUAAAAAGAAAGGCUCAGGUUUUGCAACCACCCUGACACUAGACAAUGGAAACACAUCAAGAAGAUUUACCAAGCUUGAUGAAUACACUGAAUAUGAAUUUCAAGUGUUGGCCUUCACUUCUGCUGGUGAUGGACCAAACAGUUCUUCUGUUUUCAGGACAACAAUGGAAGAUGCUCCUAGUGCACCUAUAUCUUUGUCUUCUGUUGAUGUGCCACCCAGCAAUUUGCAUGGUCCAAGAAUAACCUUGACCUGGAGCGAGCCUGCAGAGCCCAAUGGAGUUAUCAGAAAUUACACUUUGUUUUACAGCCACGAUGGAGUUGCACCAAGAGAGAUUUCUGGAAUAGGCAAAGAUGCAUUGAAUCACACACUCGAUGUGUUAGGUGGAGUGACUUAUCGGUUUGAUGUCAGAGCUGUGACUAUUAAACCUGGACCAAAUAGGACGAUUACUGUAAUGUCCAGGGAAUAUGAGCCCAGUCGUGGACCAGAAGGGAUAUCCUCAUCCGCAGUGAACUCCAGAAAAAUCAAUAUAACUUGGCUUGGACUGUCAAGGGAAGUAGCCUAUGGCACUAUCAUAAACUAUGAAGUCAGGCUUAGUGUAGAAGAAAACUGUACAGAGAUUCAGUCUUCAUAUCCUUCAACUAUCAACACCACCGCUACUUAUAUUCUCGUGACUGGACUCUCCUUGUGUGCCAAGUAUGCAGUGUCUGUAAGAGGCUACACUGCAGUAGGGCCCGGACCCUAUAGCAGAUCUGUUAUGGAACGGAUAUUUCGUAAUCCCGUCAUCAAAGACCUCCCAAAAAGAACCGUUGUAGCACUUAACGAACUGGUAGUGUUGACAUGUGAGGUAAAUGGAGACUCUGAAGUUUCUGUAACCUGGACUAAGGAUGGACUCACCAGUAUACCUCGCGCUCAGUUCAAAAACAGUGGCAAAAUACUUGUUAUACAGAAUGUUGUUCCUGGUGACAGUGGCGUUUAUGAAUGCAUAGCUACGAACAGAUUUGGAGAGAGCCGUACAGCUUCGACGCUCAUUGUCGCUGUGCCACCCAGCAUUAUAAAAGAAGUUUCGCCUUCUUCAGUGAUGUGUGAAAAGCAAACUCUGUGUCUUGUCUUGUGUCAAGCAACAAGUUACAUUCCAUUUAACUACUCAUGGACGAAAGAUGGCCAGGUUCCCACUGGUGAUGGCAUCAAGUUAAUGAAUAACAGUAUCGUUGUUACGCCACGGGAUGCACAAGAUUAUGGGCAGUAUGUGUGUCACGCUUCAAACAGCUUUGGAUCAACAAAGUACCAAAUCACUCUACUUGCUCCUAAGGAUACUCAAUGUAAUGACGGUACACAAAGCAUCCUUCUAGCUAUUGUCAUCGCAUUGUCUUGCCUUGUGGUUGUGUCACUCAUUAUGAAUGGUGUGUUCACAUGGCAGCGGAGACGAGCUGUCAAAUCUUCACCCGAUCAACAGUCAAGCGAUCAACAAGCUUCAGUCCCAAGUUUAUAUAUGGAACUUAAACCCAGGCCUACGAACCAGCAGUCUCAUGUACCAACUGAGUAUCAGUCGUUACAGGAAAAACCCGGAAAUCCCGGAUAUUGCAACGUGGUAUUUCAGAGAGAAAACGGUGGGAAACAAAAUGAUGAAAUUUAUGAGGAAAUAUGAAAACCCUACAGAAGAUGUUCUUGUCUCGCUAAAAGGAGCUUUGAGUACUUUGGUAAUACUAUACACGGCACGCAUUUGAAGUUUCGACCUACUCACCGUUGUCACGGUUACUGUUACUAUCAUGAUUUCGCGUACGGUGCGGUUAUCUAUCAUCUAUGAAGAAAAAACAUAUGAUCCCAAUUGCUUUCUCAGUAGAUGCAGCUAGGGAGUGCAGUCUGUUUACUUCAAGAACAGACAUUGCUGCAAUUGGUUUCUCAUCAAAGUACUUUCAUGGUCAUUUUAAGGCAGUGGAGCCUUACGAGCCUCCUUAGCUUGUAACAACCUUUGAUUGGGUCAGUUCGAAUUCAAUACUAAAAUCUUUUUUAUAUUUACAUGUAUCCAUGUAACUACGGUAUAUAUUUUGCAUUUGAUUUGUGUAAAAUGCUAUACGAGGAAUCACAUAUACCUGGAUCGGAGCAUUUAGUUUUAACCUCGAACGAGAGGUAAAUGAAAUUCUAAACUUUGGGUGAGACUCUUAAAAGACGAUCACACGUAAAAUUACUUUGCAUAACCCUGUUAAUUUUUUCCUAAUUUUCUUUUGGCAGAAUGAAAAUUUGAAUUUAUUUCAAGGUGGGUUCUGAGCCAGAAGUAACAUUUAAAAAUAGAAAAUUAUUUUUGGAUAUGUUAAGAGUCAUCAGAUGUUAACAUAGAGCAAAGCGUUAAAACUUGAUAUUUUCAACCAUAAUCGACAGUUGUUCCUUAUAUUUUAUAUUUUUAAAGAGGUUUCUAUUGUUUGAGUCAUUUAUUGGAAAUUGUGAACGUCGUUGUAUUUUUAUAAACAGUAAAUUCUUCUUAACUGUAAACACAAUAUAUUGUUGUUCACUUUUACCCUAAAGUAUGCAAUAAUUUUAGACUUCAGAAUAUUACUGUGUAGUGUUUGUAGAUAACUGUAUAGGAGAUUGUAGAGUAUUUGCGCUUCAUAAACAAUUUUCAAGAUAAUAGAGUAUGUGCGAAUUGAAGAAAAUGCUUGGUAAGAUUUUUCCAAGGGAAUAACAUAGGAAUAAGUAAUAAAUGUACAGAAGUAACAAAAUAGUUGUAGAUAAUGGAAUAAAACGUUUUCACGAAAAGAUGUAUCUGACCUUGGUAUACCAUGUCUCUUCUGUCUAUUUCUUUUCAUUCACUAAUAGAAUUUUGU